GUUAUCGCAUUCGAUGUGGGCACAACGUAUAGUGGGGCCUCCUACUGCAUCCUUGAUCCUGGUGAAGUUCCCAAGAUACUUGGAGUCGCAAGGUACCCGGCACAAGAACAUCUUGGGGGCGAUAAUAAAAUACCAUCAAUACUUUACUAUGAUCAGCAGCACACAGUGCGGGCAGCUGGCGGGGAGGCACUACAGGAACAUAUCAUUGAACAAGCCGAGGAUGAGAAUUGGGCCAAGGUUGAAUGGUCAGUGUUCAAAAAUUCGCUGCGAUGGUGACCAACGUUACGUUUCACUCAGGUGGAAGCUCCAUCUGCGCUCAAAGAAUUUACCUUCGUCCCACAUUAAGGAUGACGACAUUCCACCCCUCCCAGAGGGUCUUGAUGCGGUCCGUGUGCUGAGCGACUUCAUGAAAUAUUUGUUCCAUUGCACGCGUAGCUAUAUCAUGGAGUCGCAUACCAGUGGUUCUGACCUGUGGAAGUCUCUCGGGAAUCGGAUCGAUUUCGUCCUCACCCAUCCGAAUGGAUGGGAAGGUCGUCAGCAGCAGCAAAUUCGACAAGCCGCGGAGCUUGCUGGGCUCAUUCCCGAAGGACCUGACGGGCAGUCUCGACUUCACCUCUUGACCGAAGGGGAAGCCAGUCUACACUUUUGUGUGACGACAGUGCUUGUUUCAGAUGCUUUCUCCAAGAUGCCCAUCGCUUGCUCAGACGAAUCUGACGAGGAAGAUGCCACACCAGGAUAUAAGGGCGUCGCGAUCCUUGAUGCUGGGGGCGGUACCGUAGAUAUGAGUGUGUAUUCUAUGGAUUUUUCACCCUCAGUUACCGUUGAAGAGAUCGCACCGGCCGAAUGUCGACUUCAAGGGUCUGUCUUUGUGACUCUUCGAGCACAACAGCUCCUCAAAUCAAAGCUCGCCAACUCGCCAUUCGGCACCGCCGAUAUGAUUCAGCAAAUAACAAAGAUAUUUGAUAAAACGACAAAACUCGGGUUUCGGAACGAGACAACUGAUCCCGAGCUCGGCAUCAGAUCAGGCCAGCUUAAACUAGCGGGAGAAGAUAUCGCGAAGUUGUUUGAGCCCUCAAUUGAGGCAAUAGCGGAAGCGUUCAAACAACAGCAACGGACUUCGACCCUACCCAUCAGUCACGCUUUUCUCGUGGGUGGUUAUGCUGCCAGCGACUUUUUAUUUUCGAGUCUGCAACGGCAUCCGGCCUUUUCAAACACCGUUUUGUGCCGACCGGGAACUCAGCUGUAUCCGGUCGCAGAUGGAGCAAUAUCUUUCUAUAUUGAUCAUCUAGUCAAAACAAGAGUGGCAAAAGUCACCUAUGGGAUCCCUGUCGCAAUCCGUUACGAUUCUUCUCGACUUGACCACAUCGCGAGGAAGAAUACCAAGGUCCUUAGCCUCUCUGGCCACUGGGUUUUGCCUAACGCAUUUGGGUCGAUACUGAACAAGGGAACCCGUGUUUCCGAGGAGCAAGAAUCACGGCUGCGAGUUUCCAAGGUCGGAGAAUCUGCCUCAGACUGUUCCCACAUUACCUCUAGAAUCUACGCCUACAGCGGCAAUCUUUCUGAUGCGAUUUGGAUGGAUGCAGAGCCUGGUAUACAAUCUCUUCUACGAGUCUACCUGCAUUUGACACAAGAGGCAGGUUCAUUUGCGAUCAAAUGCACAGUCGAUGCAGAUACUUCGAAGGCUGCCAAGAAACUUUCUCAACAAACUGCCCUUUCGGGUGAUAAGUUCUAUCGAAUCGAUUACGAGGUGGUGUUGUUAUUCGGUCUGACUGAACUCAAGGCCCAGAUAAGCUGGAUGGAGAAUGGAGUCGAAAUGAGGUAUGGUUCCCAAACUGAGUGAACGCGUGAAGUCACCUCAACUGUCUGAAUAUGACAGAACUCCUGCCUCCAUAGCGUACGUGGAGGAUUGACGGCUAGGACGGAAGGAUCUACUCGCACUGUGGACCAUGGAGCCAGCUUUGGUAUCUCUAAUUACAUAAGUGGUCGCUGGGCGUAUUCCUGUUUCCAUAUUAGUCUUGUAUUUUUCCUUAGGUACCCGCUUGUUCAAUGUACUUCAAUCUCUGAGCCG